GCUAGCCAAAUACCCUUUAAUUAGAUGACAGAAGAGAGGAAAACAAUGGGUAGAGGAAGAAUAGAGAUCAAGAGGAUUGAGAAUGUGAACAGCAGACAAGUUACCUUCUGCAAGCGACGUAAUGGGUUGCUCAAGAAGGCUAAAGAAUUGUCUGUACUCUGUGAUGCUGAAGUUGCUGUCAUAGUCUUCUCUAAUACAGGGAAGUUAUUCCAAUUCUCUAGUACCAGCAUGGAGAACACUCUCACAAGAUACUGCCAAGGCGUGGAUUUAGAAUGGCUUGAACUUUCUCAUGAUGAACAUGAAAUAGAGGCACAAAGGGCAGCAGAAGUGAGGGAACUGAAAGAUGAAAUCUCACAACUACGGUUGUCAUGCUUGCAGAUGAUGGGUCAACAACUACAUGGCCUGAGCUUCAAGGAGUUGCAACUCCUACAAUGUCGAAUAAGUAACGGGUUACUCUCUAUUAAGGAUAAGAAGGAGCAGAAGAUCGUUGAAGAGAAUGAAAGGCUGUGGAAACAGGUAAUUUUAAUUAAUUAA